CCGCCGCUCCCUGCCCCCGCCGCCGAUCACCAUCUCCGCAGUCUGGGCCGCUGGGUGCAGAAGCUGCCGCAGCCCCGGCGGCCACUGCCGCCUCCCCCAAUCCGGAUACCCAUUGUCUCCCACUCCACCUGGCCCUCCACCUCCCACACAACCAUGGCGCACGAAGCCGGGAGGAGCUCUCGUCUCGGGGGGCCCUGCGGGGAGCCGGCGGAGCUUGGAGGUGAUGCUAGCGAGGAGGACCACCCCCAAGUCUGUGCCAAGUGCUGCGCACAAUUCACUGACCCAGCUGAAUUCCUCGCCCACCAGAAUGCAUGUUCUCCUGACCCCCCUGUAAUGGUGAUAAUUGGGGGCCAGGAGAACCCCAACAACUCUUCGACCUCUUCUGAACCCCGGCCUGAGGGCCACAGCAGUCCCCAGGUCAUGGAGGCCGAGCAGAGCAACCCCUCGGAUUCCGGGUCCUCUGUACCCACGGAUCCCACCUGGGGCCCAGAGCGGAGGGGAGAGGAGUCUUCGGGGCACUUUCUCGUAGCUGCCACAGGUACAGCAGCUGGGGGAGGUGGGGGCCUGAUCUUGGCCAGCCCUAAGCUAGGAGCAACUCCAUUACCUCCAGAAUCCACUCCUGCACCCCCCCCUCCUCCACCUCCUCCUCCGCCCCCAGGUGUAGGCAGCGGCCACCUGAACAUCCCUCUGAUCUUGGAAGAGCUCCGGGUACUGCAGCAGCGGCAGAUCCAUCAGAUGCAGAUGACUGAGCAAAUCUGCCGGCAGGUGCUGCUGCUUGGCUCCUUAGGCCAGACAGUGGGCACCCCUUCCAGCCCCUCCGAGUUACCUGGGACAGGCGCCGCCUCCUCCACCAAGCCCUUGCUCCCCCUCUUCAGCCCCAUCAAGCCUGUCCAAACUGGCAAGACACUGGCGCCUUCCUCCACCUCCUCCUCCUCAGGGGCGGAAACACCCAAGCAGGCUUUCUUCCACCUUUAUCAUCCACUGGGGUCACAGCACCCUUUUGCUGCCGGAGGGGUCGGGCGAAGCCACAAACCCACCCCUGCCCCCUCCCCGGCCCUGUCAGGCAGCACAGAUCAGCUGAUUGCCUCGCCUCAUCUGGCAUUCCCAGGCACCACGGGACUACUGGCAGCACAGUGUCUUGGGGCAGCCCGGGGCCUCGAGGCUACUGCCUCCCCAGGGCUCCUGAAGCCAAAGAAUGGAGGUGGUGAGCUGGGCUAUGGGGAAUUGAUGGGUCCCUUGGAGAAGCCCGGUGGACGGCACAAGUGCCGCUUCUGUGCCAAAGUAUUUGGCAGUGACAGUGCCCUGCAGAUCCACCUGCGUUCCCACACAGGUGAGAGGCCCUAUAAGUGUAAUGUCUGUGGCAACCGCUUUACCACGCGUGGCAACCUCAAAGUGCAUUUCCACCGGCAUCGGGAGAAGUACCCGCACGUGCAGAUGAACCCUCACCCGGUACCAGAGCAUCUGGACUACGUCAUCACCAGCAGCGGCCUGCCCUAUGGUAUGUCCGUGCCGCCAGAGAAGGCCGAGGAGGAGGCGGCCGUGCCAGGUGGCGGUGUGGAACGCAAGCCUCUGGUGGCCUCCACCACGGCACUCAGUGCCACAGAGAGCCUGACGCUGCUCUCCACCGGGGCAGGCACAGCCACGGCUCCUGCGCUCCCUGCUUUCAAUAAGUUCGUGCUCAUGAAAGCGGUAGAGCCAAAGAGUAAAGCUGAUGAAAACACCCCACCCGGGAGCGAGGGCUCGGCCAUCGCCGGGGUGGCAGAAGGUGGCACAGCAACCCGCAUGCAGCUAAGUAAGCUGGUGACUUCGCUGCCCAGCUGGGCCCUGCUCACCAACCACUUUAAGUCCACUGGUAGCUUCCCCUUUCCUUAUGUGCUAGAGCCCUUGGGGGCUUCACCCUCUGAGACCUCCAAGCUGCAGCAACUGGUAGAGAAGAUUGACCGUCAGGGAGCCGUGGCAGUGGCCUCUACUGCUUCGGGAGCCUCCACAACCUCUGCCCCUGCAACUUCAUCCUCAGCCUCAUCGGGACCUAACCAGUGUGUCAUUUGUCUCCGGGUGCUGAGCUGUCCUCGAGCGCUGCGCCUGCAUUACGGCCAACAUGGAGGUGAGCGGCCCUUUAAGUGCAAAGUGUGUGGCAGAGCUUUCUCUACCCGGGGCAAUCUGCGUGCACAUUUCGUGGGCCACAAGGCUAGUCCAGCUGCCCGGGCUCAGAACUCCUGCCCCAUUUGCCAAAAGAAGUUCACCAAUGCUGUUACUCUGCAGCAGCAUGUUCGGAUGCACCUGGGGGGCCAGAUCCCCAACGGUGGUACCACGCUCCCUGAAGGGGGGGGAACUGCCCAGGAGAACGGCCCGGAGCAGUCUGCAGUCUCUGGGGCGGGGAGCUUCCCCCAGCAGCCAUCCCAGCAGCCAUCCCCAGAAGAGGAGCUGUCCGAAGAGGAAGAAGAGGACGACGAAGAAGAGGAAGACGUGACUGAUGAAGAUUCCCUGGCAGGGAGAGGCUCCGAGAGUGGAGGUGAGAAGGCGAUAUCAGUGCGUGGUGAUUCAGAAGAGGCCUCCGGGGCAGAGGAGGAAGUGGGAACUGUGGUGGCAGUGGCCGCAGCUGGGAAGGAGAUGGACAGUAAUGAGAAAACGAUUCAACAGCCUUCUCUGCCGCCGCCGCCUGACAGCCUGGAUCGAACGCAGCCAGUGGAGCAGGGCGGCAGUGAUGUUGCAGGAGGCACAGAAGAGGGGGGAAAACCGGAGAGGAGCGCCAGCCCAGUGUCAGCAUUGGUCCUAGAAGGGGAAGGCAGCAGCCCCACCUUGGUGGAGGAGCUGAGCCUGCAGGAAGCGAUGAGAAAGGAGCCCGGAGAGAGCAGUAGCAGAAAGGCCUGUGAGGUGUGUGGCCAGACCUUUCCCACCCAGGCAGCUCUGGAGGAGCAUCAGAAGACCCACCCCAAGGAGGGGCCGCUCUUCACUUGUGUUUUCUGCAGGCAGGGCUUUCUCGAACGGGCUACCCUCAAGAAGCAUAUGCUGCUGGCUCACCACCAGGCCCCGCACCACCAGUGCUGUUUGGCCCAGGAACUGUGGCUGAGAAGUUGCCUCCAGCAAUGGGAUCCAGAGACGCCAAGGAGAAGAGAUUCCCCCCUCCUCCUCUUUUGGCCUCUGGCAUCCAAGACAGUGCCUGAGAAAGCCCAUCAUAGAAGAGAAGUAGCAAACUGUACAUUUCUUCUCCUUCCCCUGCUCCAGAAGGUGCCAACAAUGAAGAUGCAACAAUAUCAGUACUGGUGGCUCAGCCCCAGGGUGUAGGGAGAAACGAAGGGCAUAGGACACUCUUCCCAGUAGUUAGGCACUAAUGUGCCUUCGUCACGUUAAGGCAGAGGUGUUGGCUGGUUAAUAUGCCAAGAUAUUUUGAGCUUCUCAUAUCUUUCAUCCUUGCCUCUGAGUUAGGAAACAAGUGGAUUUCUUGCUGAGAGGUCUCCCAUGGGAUGGAUAUUUUGGGGAAGGAAAUGUGAAGUUCAUAUCUUUAACAAGCAUUGUUGAUGAGGGUUAGCUGAAGGAAUAAUGGAGAGUUUAGGAGUGUUGCUAAAGCAUAGGGCUUGCUGAGAAGCAAAGUGAUUAAGAAAGGGGUGUGAUGUAAGGGAGGGGACCUCAAACUCUUAAUUGGAUGGGUCGACGGGUCUCAUGAAUGUUCUUUUGAACUCAUGGUGACUUUAGUGUGCAGCAAUGCACCAUGGAUCACGGGGGAUUUCCUAGCACUAGUGUGCUUCUAGUUUUAGAUAACUCCCUCCUCUAUUCCCUGGCCCCUUGUAUUUUCCUCAUCUUCCUCUUUCAAGGUCCACUUCCUUCCCAUUUUGCCUGUCCACGGACCGGGGCUUAUGUCUUUGCCGCUGUCUGGUUCUUAGAGUCCCAGACUUAGGGAGAUGAGCCCUAGGUGCUGUCCUCCCUGCCUCUCCGUUUUGUAAUGAGAUGUAGUAUUUACUCUUAACAUAGGAUCAUUUGGAACAGGAGUUCUGAGGAGGGAGUGAGGGUUCUGCUAUUGACUGACUUGAGUGAUGGCUCCUCCUCCAAAGGUGUAGGCACCAGUUUCCUAACAUAGUAAAAUGUGAAGAGCAGACAACAGAGAUGUUAGUGUCUUUCCCUUUUCAUUAAAUGUGU